CUUCGACAUUACGCGCUAAGCCCGCUUUGAGCCUAGCGUAUUGUCGCUCACCCGGCCGAAAAUCAAUCCAUCCGUGGUCCACGAGCCUUUUCACCCCCACUCGCUGCUCCUUCACUCUACGUCACCGUGCAUACAGAUGAAAGGCAUGGGAAAGCCAUGAAGAAUGCCGUCCUUUCGCUCCUCGCCAGACAGUCGCUGCGCACGUUCAAAGUCAACUAUGCUCCCGAUUACAAGAACUUCAUCCUCAACCACGUCGCGACCGAUCCCUCGCAUCCCCUCUUCGAGACGCAGCGCCGCAGACAGAUAGAGAAGAAAAAGGAGGGGCUAUGGUGGCAUGCGACUACAGCCGCCGACUUGAACAAGUCCAGCUGUGUAAGAGCAUGGGCUAGACGGCGUCUGCGCAAUGCGAUAACAGAGGAGCUCAAAGCCCGUGGAUACGACGAGAACGGCAAGUUUGUCGAUGUCGAAAUCCUAAAGACUCGCCCAGAUUUGAUGGGUGUACUGCGCGCGGGCAAGACACUGGAUUUGAAGGGUAGCUUGAGGUUCCAUGUCCAGCCGCCUCUGAUUCCGGCCAAGUAUGUAGAUGUACGCGCAGAGACUGCCGUUGUCAUAGAGGCUGUGGCCAACGGUACGAGGAGCGCGGUUGGAGAUUUCGCUUCAGCCAAGCCGGCAAAGACUCGCCCUUCGUGGAACCCGCCUGCUGCUGCGCAAGGGCGCCCGCAAUGA